UACCUUUAUAUCUUUUUAUGAGUUUGCAAAGACAGGAGGGUAGUGUGGAUAUAGUGUAUUGGUUGGGUCUCUGGUUUGAUAGUUAAAGUGAAGGGGAAUAUAGGUGCCUGUUGCAGCGAAUUUGUGUUUGAUUACGAUAAUCGAUAUCGAGGUCCGCGCAGUUUCACGUGGUUGGAUGUGAUCAUCUAAGGAAAUGGCACCAUCCCAACAGCUUCCUAGAAACUGGCCUCCUCACGUCCCAUACCUCACGGCCUCGACCUAUUGCGCAACACUUGACCCCUCACACCUAAAAAUACUCCGCACUCCAACUCGGGACGCUCUACCCAUCCCACCCUCACAUCCAAAAGGCCCCUCUCCUCUCGUCAAAAUUACACCAAUUAACGAUCCAUCCCAUCCUGCUCGUGGACAAUGUGGAUUAUUCGCCACUAGGGACUUGAAACCUGGAACAUUUAUCUUGCAAUAUAUUGGCGAAGUUCAUGCGCCAAAUGAGUCAACGGACGAGAAGAUUAGGAAAAUGGUGGAAGUGCAUGAGAAGAGCGAUUAUGAUUUGAGUUUGGAUAGAGACAGGGGGAUUGGCGUUGAUGCACAGGGGAAAGGGAAUGAGGCGAGGUUUAUUAAUGAUUUUAGGGGGGUUAGUAUUGGCGGGGAGAGAGCGAGAGUUAAUGCGGAGUUCAGGAGAUUUGGGAUGCGGGAGAGGUGAGAGAGGUAUGGGGUUUGGGUGUUGGGGAAAGGGCUGGGCUGCAAGGGAAGGGGCGGGAAGUGGAAGGGAAGGAAGGAGAUUUUGGUUAGUUAUGGGAGGGUUUUGGGGUGCGAGGAAAGGGAGGAGGAGGGAGGAGAGCUGUGAAUGAGAUGGUUUGGGAGGAAGAGGGAGUGGAAGAGGAUAAUCAAUUCUAGUGAUCUCGAACAGUCGAACGAUUCUGUUAACGAAUUUUUGAAGUCACCGAAGCCGAUCUAUCACACUACCGAGGAAAGCAAAAAGGUCAAUUUACGGAAUUAGAUUAGUACCUGCCUCUUCUAUUCUGAUUGAAUCAUUCAGCCUUUGCUGACGAGGUCAACAAGGAAUUUGGGGAUCACAUGUGAAGCUACUUGGGGUUGCAAAUAGUAUACAUGUAGAAAAAUGGGUGGUCCGAAUCUCACCACUGACGAAGCAAUGAGGAUCUCAAGGAUGCAGCAGCUUCAAGGAGACUUAUCACAACUAUAACGAGCACAGGCUGCUGGAUAAAAAAAAAACGUUUGUUCAGAUGAACACUCAGGUCUGGACCUGACAAGUAAAGCCACAGCAUUCGAUGAAUUCUGAAGCUCAUCGCGCAGGAUGAAAACAGAGGACUUGGAAGUCUUCAGCACAAGAAUAUAGAAUUUAUUACCUACUCAUAUUGUGUAGCGUUGAGACAAAUCAGGGGUAAGGAUAAUCUUUGCAUGAUAUAGGAUGCUUCAUUUUUCUUUCGGGAUUUAUAUCGAGAACAUCUACAAUCUGCAUGAACAUGUGGGUCUCCCUUCACCGCCUGAGAAAAUGGCUUUCAGAGAUGUCAGAAU